AUCUAUGUAUAUGUAUGUUGGGGAGGGUUGCGGAUAUGACUUCUGGUUUCUUGCGGCUAAACUAGCGUUGGGUUAAAUUAGUUCGCAUGCGCAAAAGAAGCGAAAAUGGGACAGCAACAGUCUGGUGGAACAGGUGGGGGAGGAGAGAAGAAAGAUGAUAAGGAGAAGAAGAAAAAAUAUGAGCCACCCAUACCCACACGUGUUGGCAAGAAAAAAAAGAAGAUGAAGGGGCCCGAUGCAGCCAGCAAACUUCCACAAGUCACACCACACACAAGAUGUCGACUGAAGUUACUGAAGCUGGAGCGCAUCAAAGACUAUUUGCUGAUGGAGGAAGAGUUCAUCAGAAAUCAGGAGAGGCUCAAACCCCAGGAAGAGAAACAAGAGGAAGAGAGAUCCAAGGUGGAUGAGUUGCGCGGUUCCCCAAUGUCAGUAGGCACGCUGGAGGAAAUAAUUGACGACAACCACGCGAUCGUGUCCACUUCUGUAGGCAGUGAGCACUAUGUGUCCAUCCUGUCCUUUGUGGACAAGGACCAGCUGGAACCUGGCUGCUCAGUGCUUCUCAAUCAUAAGGUUCAUGCCGUAGUUGGAGUGCUGGGGGACGACACAGACCCCAUGGUGACUGUGAUGAAGCUGGAGAAGGCACCGCAGGAGACCUACGCUGACAUCGGCGGCCUUGAUGCACAGAUCCAGGAAAUCAAGGAGUCUGUGGAGUUACCACUGACCCAUCCAGAGUACUAUGAAGAGAUGGGCAUCAAGCCUCCUAAAGGUGUUAUACUGUAUGGAGCGCCAGGCACAGGUAAAACGUUAUUAGCGAAGGCUGUCGCCAACCAGACAAGUGCUACCUUUUUAAGAGUGGUGGGCUCGGAACUUAUACAAAAAUAUCUGGGUGACGGUCCAAAGCUUGUACGAGAAUUAUUUCGUGUAGCUGAAGAGCAUGCUCCCUCAAUAGUGUUCAUUGAUGAAAUUGACGCAAUUGGAACUAAAAGGUAUGAUUCCAAUUCGGGAGGUGAGCGUGAAAUCCAGAGGACCAUGUUGGAGCUUCUCAAUCAGCUUGAUGGCUUCGACUCGCGUGGUGAUGUCAAGGUCAUCAUGGCCACAAACAGAAUCGAAACCCUCGAUCCAGCCCUCAUAAGGCCGGGCAGAAUCGACCGAAAGAUAGAGUUCCCGUUGCCGGAUGAGAAGACGAAACGUAGAAUCUUCACCAUUCACACGAGUCGCAUGACUCUCUCAGAGGAUGUCAAAAUUGAUGACUAUGUCAUGGCCAAGGAUGAUCUGUCGGGAGCAGAUAUUAAGGCUAUUUGUACGGAAGCAGGCCUGUUGGCGUUGCGUGAACGAAGGAUGAAGGUCACAAAUGAGGACUUCAAGAAUGCCAAGGAAAAUGUACUCUACCGAAAGAAUGAGGGCUCACCAGAGGGACUGUACUUGUAAAACAGACAUUGAGACUGUGUGCGAACCAAUCGAAGCAAAUAAUUGCUGAUACUGUACUUGUAAAACAAACAUUGAGACUGCGUGCGAACUAAUCGAAACAAAUAAUUGCUGAUACUGUACUUGUUUACUAUACUUUAAAAAGAAUUCUGAGUUGUUAAAAUAAACACAUAUACUCUACUUGUAAAACAAACAUUGGAACUGUACCCAUGAAACAAACACUUAACAGAGUGCAAACCAAUUGAAACAAAUAUUGUUAACAAAUGCUGAUACUGUACCUUUUAUACUGUAUCUAUUUAAUGUUCUUUAUAAUUAAAUAAUAAAUGUAUUCCAACAUGUUAAAACGAACACUGAUAUUGUACUUGAAAAACAAACACUGAUAUUGUACUUGAAAAACAAACACUGUUAUUGUACUUGAAAAACAAACACUGUUACCCUAUUUGAAAUUGUUCGAACAUUUGGAUGAUGCUGUACUUCUACAAUUAACACUGUUUCUGUACUUGUUUAUUAAUGGUGAAACUGUACUUGUAUAGCAAACAUUGUGGGUUUACAAGAAAUCCUUCAAUAAACAUUGAUACUGUACUUGACAAACAAAAACUGUUGCUGUCUCACUCACUCUCACAAACCUUGUUAUAAUGUUAUUCUUCUAACAAUUAAAAAAUGGUGUAAAUGUCCUACCAUGGACGUACUUCUCAAGCGAACACAAUUCGUACUUGUAAAUUACCAAAAUAUUACAUAAAAUUCAAUAGUAAAGCAUAUGUGUGUUAAUUAUUUCUAUUAACCUAAUUAGUUCCUUAUUAAUUCAUACAAAAUGUAUGGUAGUUGAUUGUAAAUGUGAAUUAGCAUUUAUAUUUGGUAUGUGUUCUUAAACCAGUUUACAUGAUUUAUUUAGUGAAAAGACAUGUUGUUAAUGACAUAAGUAUUUUUAAAGUUUGUAACAUUGUGGUCUGUAAUUUAAGUGAAUUUCAUAAAGUAAGUGAUUUGCUCUCAGUAUGCGAUGUGUAUUUAUAUUGUGUUUAAUUCAAGUCCAAAAUAUUGGAUAUUGUUUUCAUGGAAUAACAUUCGAAUGUUGCA